AUGUACCAGCGAGCACUGGCAGGCAAGGAGAAGGCCCUCGGUCCAGAUCAUACGUCUACUCUUGAUACGGUAAACAGCCCUGGUCUUCUCUACUCUGAUCAAGGCAAACUCAAAGAGGCCGACGAGAUAUACGAGGGAGAAUUGCCAGACAGCCAGGAGGUCGAAAAAUCCAAUGCUAACAAGGGACGGCGGGCUAUAGAGAAAAUCAAAAGAUGGCUUAAAUAA